AUGACAUUAGAGCAAGUUGAGGCCAACCAGGUUACCAUGAGGACAAACAUCAAUACGAUCCAGGAGAAGAUGGAUCAGCUGUUGGAAACAAUGCUUGCAAUCGCUCAGAGAGAGAGGAGCGAGGAGGAAGAAGCUAGGGCAAGAAGGAAUGAUGGCACACCAGGUCUGAAUCGCCAAGACGAAAGUUACGUCCCCACCAAGAAGAGAUUGGUUCAGAUACCAGUAGGAGGCAAGGGAUAUGGAGACCGUGCAGAACCUUUUGAUACGUCUACUCAUCAUGGAUCCGAAAUUGGAGAUGACCAGUAUGAUGUAUUCUAUAUGCCCGAUCAACCAAAGCCUAAUAUGCUUUCAGAUCCUGCUGCAGAUAGGCUCCACACCUUGGAGGACCCAUUCUUUGAUCGAUUAGUAAGUAGUGCAGCAUCUGACUUCACACAUCUAGUUACAAUUGGAGACCGCAUAGAGAAGGGGUUGAGAGAUGGAAAGAUUCCUGGAGCAGUGAUAGCACCUAGCGCACCAAAGAAAUAUUCUGGAGGUUUCCCGAAGAAAAGAGAAGGCGAGACAAACGCCAUAUCCAGAAACUAUAAAGGGAAGCAACAUGCUUCAUAUGGCCAAGUCGCCGCCGUGGUACCCAUACCCUAUCAACAGCCAAUGCAACAAAAACAAAUGUAUCAACCACAACAUCAUCAUCAGCAAAAUACCGCACCAACAAGACAGUUUAAGCCAAGACCUCCAAGAAGACAACUUGAUCCUCUACCAGUACUUUAUAGUCAGAUAUUCUCAUAUCUGCAGAAGGAGGGCCUUCUAACAUUGAGGGAGUUAAAACCAACUAUUUUUCCAUACCCACCUGGAUACGACGCUAAUGCCCAUUGCGAAUUUCACAUGGGAGCACCUGGUCAUACCUUGGAAAACUGUUUCGCGUUUCAGAAUUGGGUACAAGACUUGAUUGAAGCCAAGGCCGUUUCUUUCACUCCAAGACGCCCGAACGUGAACACCAACCCUAUGUCGAUGCAUAAGGAUGCUUCCGUCAGUGCCAUUGAGGAGAUUGAUCAAGGCAAAUUGAUCCGUAAGGUCGAAGAGAUUCAAACCCCUAUCACCAUGAUAGGAGCACAAUUGCUGAAGAGUGGUUUGAUCCCGGGAGAGCUGGUAAAGGAAGAGAACAAUGAAGAGUUGAGGAGUUUUAUACAACAAAUGCUGGAUCGAGGCGAGUUACGGAUAACUUACCGUGUCAAGAGCAAGCACCAGGAUGAGGUCAAAGUAGAAAUACAUAUAAGCCCGUUGGUGAUAGAGUUCCCAACACCAUUCGAAUAUAAAAAUGAGAAGGCAGUCCCAUGGAUAUAUCAGCCCAGAGCUUUUAAGCAAGGGCAGGAAGAUAAACCUUCAAUGACUAACGAACCAAAUGUCACUUCAAUUGUGGGGCCGGCAGGAAUGACGCGCAGUGGCCGGGUGUUCGCACCAAGAACUGCCGAUACUUCUGAGAGAGCUAAAGGGAAGGAGGUUGUUGUCCAGAUCCCCAUCCCUAAUCAGGGGAUGCAAGACAUGCACCUGUCUCCUAAAGUUGUUGUCACUCGUGAGGAAGCUGAGGAGUUCUUAAGAAUAAUCAAGAAGAGCGAUUACAAGGUGGUGGACCAGCUAAACCAAACACCUUCUAAAAUUUCCAUGUUAUCUCUACUGCUCAACUCAGAAGCGCACAGGAAUUCGCUGUUGAAAGUAUUGAGCGCCGCUCAUAUCACAAAGGACAUAACAAUAGAACAGUUGCGACAACGUCAUGCCAAAGACGACUUUGAUAAAGCUGCCAGUAGAAGUGAUAAGUAUGAAGCCCAACACCCUAAUCAUAAAGGCAUUUGA